UCGUUUCUAAAUCUAAGUUUUUUUAAAAGAUUUCAGUAUGAUACAUAUAGAGUAGAUGUCUAAAUCGACACUCAAAAAAAGAAUUUAUGUAGAUUAAUAUGUAGUUUAUAUUAAAAUCUCUCUAAAAAGGUUUAUAUUUAGAAACGGGGGGAUAGAUGAUAAAGAACGUACGAUCACGUACUUCAUUCUCCACUGAAAGGCUCAGAAAUGAAUUAUCGAUACUAGAGUGCGGCGUUUCGAUGCCUAGACUCAUCUACACCUGGUCAGGAAAAAAUUCAAAACAAAUACUAGAAAAAAUCAACAAAUUCUAAAAAACUUUUGUGUAGUAGAUAAUUUGAUGCGUGAGGUUCGCUUCAAUUUUUAAAUCAUUUGAACAUCUGAGUAGCUCUCAGGAAAAAAGACAAAUCGGGUCAGAACAAUAUAUAAACAGUAAACUAUUUUACAGACCCCGAAUUUGUCUUUUUUGCUAAGAGCUGCUCAGGUGUCGAAAUGAUUUGAAAAUUAAAGCGAACCUCACACAAAAAUUAUCUACCAUAAAAAAAUUGAAUUUUUUUAGUAUUUAUUUAAAAAAAUUCGUGAGCGAGGGUGCAGAUGAGCCUGUGCUCAGAAAUGAAUUGUCGAUACUAUUACUACUUCAUUAGGCGGGCAUCUGUACCACGCGUCAAGAAUGAAACGCCACACAGCGUGCACGCACGCGCGCGCACUAUAUAGAUGGGCUUGCACACGCCCCAUGAGAUCAAACAAUACAAUUCCAUAUUCACCAUGCAGCAGUCUCCUAAUAAUGUGGCUCCCAACACCAAACACCCACCACCUUCCUUGGUCCGUGCUGGAGCUAGAGCCAACUGGUUCCGCUCCGGCCACCUCGCCAUGAUCUCCGGCCAAUCACGUCGAACCCGCCGUGUGAAGGCCCUUGCCGUCCCUGCGUCUGGCUCCCGGGACGUCUGCAGCGACAACAUCAGCCAAGAAAUAAAACCAAGUUCAAUUAGGGCGGACAAGUUCUUCCAAGUGGAGAUGACCGUCCGUGACAACGAUCUUGACCAGUAUGGAGUCGUUAACAACGCCAUUUAUGUCGCUUAUAUCCACAACGCUCGAGAGGAGCUGGCUGCGAGCAUUGGCUUCAGCAUGGCCUCCGUAGCACGCACAGGCAACGCGAUGGCACUCUUGGAACUGAACCUCAAGUACUUCAAGCCUCUACUGCGAGGCGCCAAAUUUGUCGUCAAGGUGAGGGUUGUCCAGAUAAAGGGUGCGAGGAUACUUGUUGAACAUUUCAUCGAGACACUACCGGGUCAUGAGCUUAUUUUGGAAGCGACGGCGACUGUCGUCUGCCUCAACAAGGACUACCGUCCGACCCGCGUCUUCCCGGAGAUGUCAUCCAAGCUGCAGCAAUUCUUCUCAACCCGGGACGGCUAGCGUGAAGAUCAACUUACAAACUAUCUUGUGCGUGCUUAUAUGUGUCUCAAAUGAAUAAAAGUGCAUUUACA